AUGGUGAAAAUCGAGGCCUUCGCAGUUGAACAGUGGAUGGACAAGUAUGAGACAAUUGCCAAAUAUAACACCGCUGAAACCUGUUGCGCAUCCAUCUCCAUCGAUGAUCUUCGAGCGCUAUCCGAGGAUAAGGAGUCCAACCCUUUGACCGAGCUUCAGUCUACCAAGCUCACGUAUGGGGCAAUUCGUGGGUCUGACAAGCUGCGUACAACUCUUGCCAAUCUAUAUUCGGCGAAGACACCCGCCCAGCUGCCCAAGGACAACGUGUUGAUAACCGCUGGGGCAAUUCAAGCGAACUUCUUGCUGCUGUACACGUUGGUUGGCCCAGGUGACCAUGUCAUCUGCCAUUACCCCACAUAUCAACAACUCUACUCUGUGCCUGCAUCAUUGGGAGCAGAGGUCAGCCUGUGGAAGUCCAAAGAGGCUGACGGGUGGCAAUUGGAUCUCGGAGAGCUGAAAAGCCUCAUUCGUCCCAACACCAAGCUGAUCAUUAUUAACAACCCGCAAAACCCAACUGGAGCCAUUGUUCCACAUGAAACUCUCAAGCAAUUGGUAGAAAUCGCACGUGAGAAAUCUAUCAUACUUCAUGCCGACGAAGUUUACCGUCCAAUUUUCCACGGCAUCAGUCCCAUGGACUCGAAGUUCCCGUCAUCUCUUAUCUCGCUCGGGUAUGAACGAACCGUGGUGACAGGAUCAGUUUCCAAAGCCUACAGUUUGGCAGGAUUGCGGGUUGGCUGGAUUGCUUCACGCGAUAAAUCAAUCAUUGAAUCCUGCGCUAAUACACGGGACUAUACCACUAUCUCUGUCGGUCAGAUUGACGAUGCGAUCGCCAGUUUCGCACUAUCCCCCGAUUGUAUUCACAAUCUUUUGAAGCGAAAUAUUGAAUUGGCCCGGACCAAUCUUGCAAUCUUGGAAAAGUUCAUUGAAGACCAUCGAUGGGCCUGUGAUUGGGUCAAGCCACAGGCAGGAACCACUGCAUUUGUGCGUUUUAACAAAAUGGGAAAGCCGGUAGAUGAUGUUGCUUUCUGCGAGAUGGUACUAGAAAGAACCGGUGUGAUGCUUGUGCCCGGAAGUCUUUGUUUUGGAGGGGGAGAAGAUUUCAAGGGCUAUGUUCGGAUUGGGUUUGUUCCCGAAACGGAAGUAUUGGAAAAAGGCCUGGAGGCAUUGCGAGUAUUCAUGGAAGAUGGGUAUGAAGAUGUUCCUGUGGUCAAAAAGUUAGCCCUGAGGUGA